UCGGGCAAAAUGGUUGCUUUCAAUAACACACCCACUUCCGUGUAGAUGUUUUUCCAACUUUUCAUGUAUUCUUUUCAUCUGCACGUUACGUUUUACACUGUGGCUACAGAUUAUAUUGAAAAUUGAUUAAAGAUGCCCCAUUCUGUGGAGAAAGAUUUUUCUUAUGUCUUUCAUACAAAAUCGACCAAAUCGACGCUCAAAGUUGCUGUUACUGUCCCAUUGCGCACAUCUGUGAAAGAGUUUGUGGCAAGACUAGUACAAGCUCAUAACCUUCCCUGUUUUGCUGUGCAGGACCUGGAAGAGAAAUUGGAGGAAUUUGUGAACAGAGAGAAUUGUUCGCUUCAAGACAAGAAUGCAGAGGAUGCCAUUAAAAAAGUUAAAGAUGGGGAAAUUAAUGCAGAUGACUUGGUCAAUCAAUGGCUGCCUGCCUAUACGGAGGAGCUCAAACUGUAUUCCAAACCAUAUGAGCCAAGCAAAGACGAGAAGUUUGCUGAGGUGUACCACUCCUUGAUCCAUUCACCGGCCUUGGAGACUUUAUUGAAUUUAGAGCACGAGUACUCGCUUGGUGUGGAGAGGCUCAUCAAAGACAGGGACAGGGAUCUCCAACACCUGCAGGAAAAACAGCGCAAGGAGAUGGACGAGGCCUUGGCAAAUGUUGGCACCGUUUACAGAGAUGAGGAUAUCAAUCUGCUAGCCCAGAGACAGUUUGAGAAUAGCCAGACUGUGGAAAGCAAGUGGGUGUCAGAGCUGUCUGCUCUACACGAGCAGCAGAAGGCAGAGUACCGGGAGUGGGUGCACAGAGUGCAUGAAGAUUCUCAAGGCAACACUACUCUACCUACUUAUGUGCAAAGACUUCGCAGCAUGUCCAAUGCUUUGCCGGAUGCUGAAGAGGAGGAACGAGAGGCUCCAAUCACAAGGCUAGAGGAGAGCUUCACUAUACAUCUAGGGGCCCAGAUGAAGACAACACACAAUUUACGCUUGCUAUGUACAGAUAUAUUAGAACUCUGUCGCCAUAAACCACACACGGUUGGAGGUGUGGUGAUUCCUCAGCCGCAGCGACUCCAGACAGCCAUGUCUCUAUACUCGCACAGUCUGUGUGGGGUGGUCAUGCUGGUGGACAGUCGUCUCAACACUUACACCGGCUCCAAGCAGAAGUUUGCCCUAGUGUGCGACAGUUCCACAGACUUCCACUUCCCGUCACUGGAGCGUCAGCUGCAGGUGAUAGAGCAACAGCUCCCACUGGCUGCGGAGAUCAAGGCCCAGAAACGUUUGAUGCGGGGGGAGGAGGCCGACCAGGUCAGCCUGAACAGCUCCAGCAGCAGUGGCAGUGCCUCUAAUGAAGACAAGGAAAAGGGUGGAGAGCGCAGGCUACAUUCCGGAGACUUCUACUUGACAAAGCAUUCUAACCUGUCAGAAGUUCACACUGUAUUUCAUGUGGUUGCCGACGACAACCUUCGAACGUCAGACAUCACAUCGCGACAUCCUGUCAUACUGGCCAUCCGCAACAUCAUCAAACUGUCUUUCCGUUACGACAUCCACACACUCACUGUCCCUCUGCUGCUCACUCAUGAAAUGACUGAGGAGAUGACCAUUUCCUGGUGCAUGAAGAGAGCCGAGCUGAUGUUCAAGUGUGUGAAAGGUUUUAUGAUUGAGAUGGCAACCUACAGCAGUCAGGAGUCACGGACAAUUCAGUUCCUUGUGCCAAGUGGCUUGUCAGAAGAGUUGUUUCAUCAGAUUAGCAACAUGAUCCCGACCAUCUUCAGAUUGUCCAACCCUCUUGUUGUCAAGUCCAGCUAGUCCAACCAGUUGAGCCUGCAGUUGGCAAGCUCAGACAGUUGAGCCUGUUGGCGAGCUUAACCAGUUGAUCCAGUCUUCAAGCUUUACAUGUGGAACCAGACGCAAAGCUCGGUCAGUUGAGCCAGUUACAAAGUUCUAGGGUUGAGUCAGUCACAAAGUUUCACUGGUUGAGCCUGUCACAAAGCUGUAUCGGUUGAGCCUGCCAAAACGCUCAGCCAAUUGAGCCUGUCUCAACAUGCUCUCAGUAUUGAACUGAAACCAAGUCUGAGGUUUCAUGUCUUUCAGCUGCAAAUCAUACCAUGUCUGAUAACCACAGUUGUUUUAAGUGGUUGUAGUCCAAAUAAUCUGUCGAGAAAGUUUCAUGCUAUUGUUGGUGAAUGUAGAAGAAAUAAGUGAAACUGAGAGAGUGAGAUUGAUUCUUUUUACAUUGCUGCUGUUUCAUGUCUUUCAGGGGCAAAAGGUGUCUAGUUUACCUCGGUUGCCUCAUGCGCAAAUGUUUGCUUUAGUGGUCAGUCAAGACCUGAACUGAAGUACGAUUUCUGGUGGUGAAAUGAAGUUUGUGAAUAUGUGAAGAUUUUGGAGGCCACAGAGUUAAUAACAGACUGAAUUUUGAAAAUGCUGCCAUUGCCAUGUUUUACUCAAAUACAUUUUCUUAAUUUCUUGGAGACAUUUUUGUACUUUUAAGGAAUGUAGCGUUUAAUUCUUGCUAAUGUUUUUUAUCAUCUGUUCUUCAGAGGAUGUGGAAUAUAUCAAGUAAAAGGUGAUUAUUGUCUGAGAGGAGAUAUAUAUCUGAAAGGGUGAGGAAAAACUUGAGGACCUCCAUUCACUUGCACAGUUAGUGUUUGAAGAAAGGGCCAAGAAAGUCUAAAGAAUGCGUUUUUCUGUUGUACUGUUUUUUCACAGAGGGUAAAAUUUGAUGAUGAGAUAGAAAUAUAUGACUCAUGUUCCAUAAAAUUGAGGUAGUACCCAGAAAAACUUCAGAAAGGCUUUUAAACUUGAUUUAAAGGAACAUGAAGAUUAUUUAGCUGCUCUAUUUUUCAGUCUCAUCAUUGUGUUAUAUCAUAGUCUGAAUUAUAAGUAUCUUGCAGUAGAUUUUAUAAAAGCUUUCAUUGACAGUGCCUGGUUAUCUGUGUCAUUCCUGUAAACUGGUAAUACCUAUAGAUAUUAAAAUUUAAUGGUCAUUUCUCAUGUGAGAGGACAUUUUUCUUGUCAAGAACGUAGGUACAUUCUAGGUGGUUCUUGCUAAUUGUUAAAAAAAAUUUUUGUACGUAGAUUUGCUCAACCCUGUGUGUUCAUGAUAAGUUUAUCCUUUCUCCCCUUUUUUUUCAGUUAUAGUAAACAUGUGCAUGUAUUUGUCUCUGAGAAAACCUGUCGUUUUCUUCGUACAGCUGCUGUUCAACCUCCAACACACAAGACAACCUUAGAAUCAAAUUCUACGACCAGAUCGAACUAAUUUACCAAUACUUUUUUUGGCAUUGGUUUACUUCCUUCCUGCAUCUCUUUUAUGUCUAAAGUUGGUGCUUUUUUUUCCCUGAGGCGGCAGGGUCGUAAGGAGUUAAAGGUUAUUGCUGUUUUGUGAAAUGAGAUGGAUGGUCGAUGGAUGCGCUUGUGUGAUUUGCUCUUUUUUUUUUCAAGUAUUUGUAAUCAUCCCUUUUUGCUGGUAUUUCAGCGAACCAAUUAUUAUGUUGAUCAAACUGUAAAACAUACGCUCAAAUGUCAAAACUCAUCAAAGACUAGGAAUUAUUGGAUGAUUGACUAGCUUCUGUUUGGUUAGGUCUUCUGUGCAUCUGGUACUGACAAAGGGAUGUAACUGCUGGCUGAUUUCCUCCCAGGAGCAUAGACUCUAAUAUACUAGUGGAGCAUACAUAGACUCUAAACUAAUGGAGCAUAGACUCUACUAUUGUAUGUAAUGCGUGGGUAACACAGGGGUGUCCUGGUCUUGCGUCGGACUCGGUCUUAAGAUAGCCAGUUUGAUUCCCAGUCCUUCAGAGUUGGAUGCUGUAUCCUUAGAAUUAGAAAAGAUAAAAUUAUUUUCCCCAGUUUGCUCAUGUAAAUGAGUAGCCUAUACUUGAUAGUCGGCUUUUUUUAAAAAGGGCAUCAGUGGUAAUCAUAGCUGUGGUGAGAAAAUAGAUUGCUGACAUUUGACCUCUUGUUUUUAUUCCUUGUCAGAAAAGUGUGGCUGAGCCAGCACCAACAGUCAGCCUUAGCCUUUAGAAUAUUACUCUGUGCACUGGAAGUUGAACAAGUGGGUGGCUGCUGUUUGUAAAAAAAGUAAUUGGAAAGGGUGGAUGAGAUGAAAGCCUUGAUCGUGCGCAGGUAGUUCCAUCCCUACAUUGUCAUUGACCCACCUUGAAUUUUGAGUUAAUUCAGAACAUUGCUGUAUCACACCAAGCAGUUCAGUUCAGGACGACCCUCACACUUCAUCUCAUAAUUCAUCUUUGUUGUGCAUGUACGUUCCCACAAAAAAUUAGUGUUUGUUAGGUCAUGAUUUGAUUACUUGAAACAUGUAGAAUCAUUUUUCUCCUGUGAUAAUGUGCAAUAUUUGGUUACUGAUUUGAACAUGGUUGUUGCCGUGUUGAUAUUUGUUUGUCUUGUACUUUGUUAAGGAUGAAGGCUCAUUUGAUUACUAGCCGAUAAAUGUGCCCUGUUUGUUUUCAAAAUUGAUUAACCUGUAGAGGGUUAUGUUUGAUAACCGGUUGGGACAAAGCUGUCUAUACGAGGUAGAAAACAUUGAAGAAAAUAACAAUUGAAAUAAAUAAUGUUCUCAAAACAA